GCGGGGCAGUGCAGGGCGGGAAGGGACGUCGUGGCGGCGGCGGCGGCCGAGGCAGGGCCAGCAGCUUAGGCGGCUGCGGCAGGGACAGCAGGCGCGGUGGUGCUGUCAGGCCGGCGGAGAAAUGGGAGACCCAGGGUCUGAGAUAAUAGAAUCUGUCCCUCCAGCUGGGCCUGAAGCAUCAGAGGCAACAACGGAUGAAAAUGAAGACGACAUUCAGUUUGUUAGUGAAGGACCUUUAAGACCUGUUCUUGAAUACAUUGAUCUGGUCAGCAGUGAUGACGAAGAGCCUAGCACCUCUCAUAGUGAUGAGAACGUUAAACACAAAGACUAUAUUGACCGUCAGAAGGAUAAAGUUGCUUUAACUUUGGCUCGUCUAGCCCGCCAUGUUGAAGUGGAGAAACAGCAGAAGGAAGAGAAGAAUAGAGCAUUCAGGGAAAAAGUCGACUUUCAGCAUGCUCAUGGGUUACAAGAAUUGGAAUUUAUUCGAGGACAUUCUGAUACUGAAGCAGCAAGACUGUGUGUGGAUCAGUGGCUGAAAAUGCCAGGACUUAAAACAGGCACAAUUAAUUGUGGAACAAGAAGCUCAUCCCGAAGAGGAGGUCAAAUGCGGGUGUCUGGGAAGCCAAUUUCAUGUCCCAUAAUGCAUUGUAACAAGGAAUUUGACAAUGGACACCUUCUGUUAGGACAUUUGAAAAGGUUUGAUCACUCUCCAUGUGAUCCAACAAUUACACUACGUGGACCUUUCACCAGUUCCUUUGCUUGUGUAGUAUGUUGUAAAAAAUUUGUUACCCAACAGCAAUAUAGGGAUCAUCUUUUUACUAAGGGAGCUGCAGAUGAUGGACAUUCCAACAGCCUUCUUCCUCAGGUUAUUCAAUGUUUUGCAUGUCCAAGUUGCUUCCUUCUUUUUAGCAGCAAAGAUGAGUGUUUGAAGCAUAUGUCUGGAAAGAAUCACUUCCAUCAGAGUUUUAAACUGGGUGAUGACAAGGGGAUAGCACAUCCAAUAUCAUUUCCAUCUUUUGCAAAGAAACUUUUGGUCUCUCUGUGUAAAGAUGUUGCAUUUCAAGUUAAGUGUGUGGCCUGCCACCAGACAUUGCGUUCCCAUAUGGAGCUCACUGCCCAUUUCAGAGUUCGUUGUCGAAAUGCUGGUCCUGUAGCUGUAGCUGAGAAGAGUAUUACCCAGGUUGCAGAGAAAUUCAUAUUAAGAGGUUAUUGUCCAAAUUGCAAUCAAGUCUUUGUGGAUGAAAUGAGCACCCAAGCUCAUAAGGAGAAUUCAGGACACAAAAUCCGAGUCAUUAACUCAAUGGAAGAAUCACUCUUACUUUAUUGCCACAGUAGUGAAGGGAAUAAACCCCCUUCUGACUUGGAUUUAUUGUUAGAUCAACCCAAAUUUUCAUCACUUAAGAGAACUGUGUCCAUUAAAGGAUCUAGCUCAGAGGAUUGCAGUACCAUUCCAAAAAAGAAGAUGAAUUUAGAAGAUAAAAGCCAUGAAAGUGUGGUUUGUACCCAGAAACAAAAGCCAACAGUUAAAACCUGGUUUUGUGAAUGUAACCAACGAUUCCCCAGUGAAGAUGCAGUGGAAAAACACGUUUUUGCAGCAAAUACCAUGUGUUACAAGUGUGUGGUCUGUGGAAAGGUAUGUGAAGAUUCAGGGGUCAUCCGUUUACACAUGAGCCGGAUUCAUGGAGGGGCACAUUUGAAUAAUUUUCUUUUCUGGUGUCGGACAUGUAAAACAGAGUUAAUAAAGAAAGAUGCUAUCAUGGCACAUGUGACUGAAUUUCAUAAUGGACACAGAUACUUUUAUGAGGUGGAUGAGAUGGAAGACGAAACUUUGCCAUCAUCCUCUGUCACACUAGUGAAUCAUUUGACUGAAAGCAAGCCUUCUUCAGCUAUUACUAUUAUUGAUCAUUCCCCAUCAAACAGUCCUCCAAGGGGCAAAUGGCAAUGCCGAAUUUGUGAAGAUAUGUUUGAUUCCCAAGAAUGUGUAAAACAGCAUUGCAUGUCUUUGUCAAGUCACCAGUUUCAUAGAUACAGCUGUGCCCAUUGCGGAAAGACUUUUCAUAAGGUAGAAACAUUAUACCGACAUUGCCAAGAUGAACAUGACAAUGAUAUAAAGCUUAAAUACUUCUGUGGGCUUUGUGAUCUUGUCUUUAAUGUGGAGGAAGCGUUUUUGAAUCACUAUAAAGAGCGUCACAGCAUAGAUUAUGUGUUUGUGUCAGAAAAAAUUGAAACUUCGAUUAAAACUGAGGAAGAUUUUCCAGUAGUAGAGACCAGCAACCUGUUAACCUGUGGUUGUCAUGAGAGUUACAUCUGUAAAGUCAACAGAAGAAAAGAUUAUAGUAGAUGUCUCCAGAUGAUGCUGGACAAAGGUAAACUGUGGUUUCGCUGCAGUUCGUGUUCAGCAACGGCACAGAAUUUAGCCAACAUGAAUGCUCAUAUCCAUCAAGUGCAUGGGAAAGAAAAGAAUGACGAUGGGGAGGAACAGCAGUACAUGAUCAAAUGUGGCACCUGCACCAAAGCAUUUCAUGAUCCUGAGAGUGCUCAGCAGCACUUCCAUAGAAAACAUUGCUUCUUAAAGAAACCCAAUGUGUCUCAUUUUGGAUCUGAAAAAGCAAACCUGUAUAAGUUUACUGCCGCUGCCUCACGUAUGGAGCGAAAAUUGAAACAGGCAGUAAGCCAUCCUAAAAAUUCAGACAUGGAGAAAGGAACUGAUAAUGACCUAAGCUGUCAGAAUAUAGAAGAAGAAAUUGUUGAGCUUCCAGAUUUGGAUUACUUGCGAACCAUGACUCAUAUUGUCUUUGUAGAUUUUGAUAACUGGUCAAACUUCUUUGGUCAUCUACCAGGGCAUCUUAACCAAGGAACAUUUAUUUGGGGCUUUCAAGGAGGAAACACCAAUUGGAAGCCUCCACUCAACUGUAAAAUUUAUAAUUACCUGAACAGAAUUGGAUGCUUCUUCCUUCAUCCUCGCUGUAGUAAAAGAAAAGAUGCUGCUGAUUUUGCCAUAUGUAUGCAUGCUGGCCGUCUAGAUGAACAACUACCCAAGCAAAUUCCUUUCACCAUCCUCUCAGGAGAUCAAGGUUUUCUGGAACUAGAGAAUCAAUUUAAGAAGACUCAGAGGCCAGCUCAUAUACUAAACCCUCACCACUUAGAGGGAGAUAUGAUGUGUGCCUUGUUAAAUAGCAUAUCUGAUACCACCAAAGAAUGUGACAGUGAUGAUAAUAUGGGUACAAAAGGUACUUCAAAAGGAGAAGAAUUCAGAUCCUCUGAAGAUGUGGAAUUAGAAGAAGCUAUUAGAAGAAGUCUUGAGGAAAUGUAAUUACAGAUAUUACCAUUCAACAUCAAGUGGCCUUGAAGAGACUCAGGAUAAUGAAUUCUUGUUUGUUUUCUAAAGGAGACCAGAAACCCAGUACAAAUGUGUUUGAAAACAUGUUUUUGCUUUCAUAUGUUCAAAAUCUGAUAUUUGCUUUGUAUUUUUGUGCUAUUGUGCAAAAAUGUAUGUUAGGAAGAGAAUACAUGUUAGUGAAAAUGUAAGUCAUGUGUUCUAAUAUACACAUAACAGUUUCCAGGUUAACUUUGUGUUCCUAUAUUUAGGUUAAAAGAAUUUAAGGAAAACAAAACAUCGCUUUUAACUAUUGCUAUGUUUCCCAGAUAGCAUUGGUUCUUUAAUUUUAUUUGUACUGUACAGAUGACUCUAGUUUAUUUUUUUAGGAGUGAUAAUGAAUAUAAAUAAAGAUAUCAUAGCUCAAUUUUUCUGUAAAUUCUUCUUAUAUAUAGCAUUAAUAUAUAAUAACUUUGAGAUCUUUAUGAUUAUUAGAAGAGAGUAAUGCAACUUGAUCAUGAAAGAGAUUAAAAUUUUUGCCAGUAAUAUUCUUUGUAUCAUGCAGAUGUAUAUUCUUGGCUUUAAUUCAAGCAACAUGUUGCUAAAGUAAAACACACCCUAGCUUUUUCAAAAUAAUUAAAAUGAAACCAUUUCCAAUACUUUUACCUGUUUAGCCUUUUAUGUGACUUUUAUGAGGUUUCAGAGUGAUGCCAAAAUAUUUGCAUAGAAUUAAAUUUAUUUUUAAGAACAUUAGUCCUUUUAUAUAUUUGUGUAAAUAUAUUUUUCAUAACACCAGAGAGGGUAUUCUGUCCAGCAUUUCAGAUGCUGCAUGGAACACCUGUAUAUUUUAUUGGAGUGCCUGGGUUCAAGUUGUGGAUCCUUUUCUAAUUCCAUCUUCCUGCUAAUGUGUACCCUGGGAGAUAGCAGGUAAUGGUUUAAGUACUUGGUUCCCUUCUACCAACAUGGGAGUCCCCAGUUGUAUUGUGGGCCCCUGGCUUCAGUUUGGCUCAGCCUCUGCCUAUGCAAUUGGGAACCAGCAUAUGGAAGAUCUCUGUCUAUAUGUUUGUUUCUCUGGCUUUCAAUAAAAAGAUAAAAUAAUGUCAAAUUGUCUACUCAGGAAUAAUCUUCCUUAACUGUAAAAUUUUUAUUUCAUAUAAAAUAUCUUCAAUUUUGUUGUUCAUUGGAGUGUCAGUUUUCUACCUUUGAUAGUACAUAUAUCAUUCUUAAUUGUUGCAACUCCAUUUUGAACAAUAAAAAACACUACAUAAAUGGGAGAACAACAGGACUUAUACUGUCUAUUAAAGUUAAAAAUAUCCUUAUAAAUAUAAAGCUUUCCUUGAAGACAAAGAUAUUGCUAGAAUCUCGCUCUUUUUCUCCAGUAUUAAAUUAUUUUAGUGUGAAGGGAAUUCCUAGUUUUUUUUUUAAAGAUAUUUAUUUAUUUGAAAGGCAGAGUUAGAGAAAGAUUUUUUUUAUUUGACAGAGUUAUAGACAGUGAGAGAGUUUCACUAACACUUUCCACAUGGCAUUAUGUCUUGCCUUACUGAAUUUAGACUAGUUUUUCUUUUUUUUUUUUUUUUAAUUUUCUUUUUUAUUUAUUUGACAGGUAGACAUUUAUUUGACAGAGAGACAGAAAGGUCUUCCUUCCGUUGGUUCACUCCCCAAAUGGCCGCCAUGGCCAGUGCUGCGCCAAUCCAAAGCCAGGAGCCAGGUGCCUUCUCCUGGUCUCCCAUGCGGGUGCAGGGGCCCGAGCAGUUGGGCCAUCCUCCACUGCCCUCCCGGGCCACAGCAGAGAGCUGGACUGGAAGAGGAGCAACCGGGACUAGAACCGGCACCCAUAUGGGAUGCCAGUGCGUCAGGAGGAGGAUUAACCAAGUGAGCCACAGCGCCGGCCCAAGAGAAAGAUAUUCUAUCCGCUGGUUCACUUCCCAAAUGGCCACGAUGGCUGAAGCUGAGCUGAUCUGAAGCCAGAAGCUUCUUCCAGGUAUCCCACAUGAGUGUAAGGGCCCAAGCACUUGGGCCGUCUUCCACUGUUUUCCCAGGUGCGUUGGCAAGGAGCUGGAUGGAAAGUGGAGCAGUUGGGUAUCGAAUCGGCAUUCUUAUGCCUUAGCACCUGCCCCAGGUUUUUUUAUUUUUUAUUUUUUAAAUUAGUAUCUUUUCAACCAUAUUAGAAACCAGUUUGGUUUAUUUUUCUUUCUCCUAAUUUUCAUUUCUUGAAGUAGACAUUGUAGCUUGAGAAUUUACCAGUCAUCUUUCCAAAGUGACCACUGUGUGCUUAAUUUUUAUGUUAAGAUGAUAGUCAAAUCUUAUUUUUUUUUUUUUCCAUUCAGAGUUACACAGAGAGAGGAAAGGCAGAGAGAAAGAGGUCUUCCAUCUGAUGGUUCACUCCCCAGUUGGCCGCAACGGCCGAAGCUGCACCGAUCCGAAUGCAGGAGCCAGGAGCUUCCUCCAGGGCUACCACGCAGGUGCAGGGGCCCAAGGACCUGGGCCAUCCUCUACUGCUUUCCCAGGCCAUAGCAGAGAGCCGGAUCGGAAAUGGAGCAGCUGGGUCUCGAAUCGGCAUCCAUAUGGGAUGCCGGCGCUUCAGGCCAGGGCCUUAACCUGCUGUGCCACAGCGCCGGCCCCUAACCAAAGCUUUCAGGGCACUGUGCUGGGUCUUAUACAUAUCUGCUGUAGUUGCUAAAUAAUGAGGAAUAGAAAGAGCAUGCCAGAAAGAAUGAUUCAGCCAAUAAGUAGAUGAAACGGCACCUCUGCCAGAGAUUACACACACAUAUUGUAUACACAGUCCAAAUUAGGAGAAUUUUAUGGUGGAUGUGGUAGAGUAACUUAAGCUUUUUAUAUGACAGGGGAGGGAUAUUUCAUCAUGACUCUUAAGGUAAUUGGUUAUUUUUACAUCUUUUCAUGGAUAAUUAUCACUGAUUGUAUUUCUACUUUUAAAAAAUUUAAAAAGUUUAGAACUUUCAUAGUUUGAACUUAAUGUAGAAAUAAGGAGGUACUGGUGUAUGACAUUAAAGAAAGUUUAUGGAUUAUCACAAGUAAAUAUUUAACACAAACAUGCUUAUCUUUUCAUUACAUCAUUCAUAAAAUAUUGAGUACCUGCCACAUGUCAGCAAAUAUACUAAACACUUGAGAUACACCAGUGGGCAAAACAAAGCCCUCACAGUGCACAAUAUGGCAGAGGGGUUUGGACAGUUUGUUAGAAUAUAAAUAAAGUCAAUAAAAUAGCAAAUAUGGUGAUAAGUGUAAUAAAGGAAAAUACAGAAGGAAUGGAAUAGUUCAGAGAUGGAGGGGUUAAGGGGACUUGUAAUUUUUUUUUUUUUUUAAAGAUUUUAUUUGAGAGGUAGAGUUAUAGACAGAAAGGUCUUCCAUGCGCUGGUUCAUUCCCCAAAUGGUCAUAUGGCUGGGGCUAGGCUGAUCCAAAGCCAGGAGCUUUUUCCGGGGUUUCCUACGUGGGUACAGGGGCCCAACCACUUGGGUCAUCUGCUUUCCCAGGGCAAAGCAGAGAGCUGGAUUGGAAGAGGAACAGCGUGGUAUGAAUCGGCCCCUAUAAGGAUGCUGGUGCCAUAGCACUGGCCCUGGGACUUGUUUUUUUUAAAAGGGUGGUCAGAAAACAGCUCAGUUGAACAUUGAACAUGCACAGUGACCUGAAGAAGGCACGGGGAUAAGCUUUGCAAAUACAUUGGUCCCCAAUUUAACAAAAGUUUGACGUGAAUUUUUGACUUCACAAUAGUGUGAGGAAACAGAAACCAUACUUUGAAUCCUGAAUUUUGAUCUUUUUGCUCAUUAGUGAUGUGGAACUAUAUUCUCUUGAGAUACUGGGGAGUGGCAGAAAGCCUCAGUUCUUGGUAAGCUACCAAGAAUAAGCAACUUAAACACUACAGUGUGCUGUUGCUAAGCUAUGUUAGAUAGAUUAAACAUAUCAAAUGUGUUUUUGAUGGGGCUGGCGCUUUGGUGCAGCGGGUUAAAGCCCUGGCCUGAAGCACCGGCAUCUCAUAUGGGUGCUGGUUCUAGUCCCAGCUGCUCCUCUUCCAAUCCAGCUCUCUGCUGUGGCCUGGGAAAGCAGUAGAAAAUGGCCCAAGUCCUUGGGCCCCUGCACCCAUGUGGGAGGCCUGGAGGAAGCUCCUGGCUUCUGGCUUCAGACCCGCGCAGCUCCGGCAGUUGCGGCCAUCUGGGGAGUGAGCCAGCAGAUGGAGGACCUCUCUGUCUCUACCUCUCUCUCUGUGUCUUUCAAAUAAAAUAAAUCUUUAAAAAAAAGUGUCUUUGACUUAGAAUAUUUUAAAAUUAUGAAUACAAUUAUGACUAACCCAUUAUAAGUCAAGAAGUAUUGAAGGGGCUGGUGUUGUGGCAUAGUGGUUAAAGCCACUGCUUUUGACACCAGCAUGCCUUAUGGGUGCUGAUUUGUGUCCCAGCUGCUCCACUUCUGAUUCAGCUCCCUGCUAAUGGCCUGCAAAAACAGCAGAAGAUGGCCCAAGUGUUUGGGCCCCUGCCACCCACAGCUGACUUGGAUGAAACUCCUGGCAUCAGCCUGGCCCAGGCCUGGCUGUUAAUGACCGUCUGGGAAGUGAACCAGUGGAUGGAAGAUUCAUUCUCUCUCUCUUUCAAAAUAAAAUCUUAGGGAAAAAAAGAAGUAUCUGUGGUUGAGAAAAGUUCCAAGUGAAUGAGAAGUUCUCGAAGGGUGCUUGGUAUACUCAGGGAAAAGCAAGAAGGCUAGUAGGUCUGAAGCAGCAUGGGCUAGGAGAGUAAUGAUCAACUUUGAGGCUUUUCUAAGGACCUUGGCUUUUAUGCUGAUCUGAGGAUCUACUGAAGGUUUCUGAGAGUAAGUGCUGUCAUCCACCUUAAUUAGGAUUAUUGCAGUUGAGAAUACACAUGAGAAGCAAGAGUGGAAGUAUGAACCAAAGAGGGACGCUCAAUGAUCCAGGUGCAAGUUGACCAGGUUACGUGGACCUAGUGGAAAUGGAGCUGAGGGAAGAAUCUUGGACAUACUGUGAAGGUAGCAUUCAUGUGAUUACUGAUGGACUGGAUCUAGGACAUGAGAGAAAGUCCAAGGUGAAUCUAAAGUCUCUUGAGAGACAUCAAGCCAUUCACAAAAUGUGUUGGGAUAUCGAGUUUAAUGUUUGGCAAAAAUAUGUUUAAUGAGAUCGGUCAAAUAACACCCUAUACCAAAAGCUUACUAGUAUUUAGAAUGAGUACAGAUGGAAUUGGGAUCCAGGCUUAAGAGUUCCCUCUCUGCUAAAGUAUUUAAGUGGUGAUGGUCACUGAUGAAAGGUUGUGAUUCAGCUUCAAAGCUGUUAUUACCAUUUCCAUGCCUUCAGUUUUCAUACUUGCAAUACGAACAUUCUUGUAACGUGAGCUAUCCUGAGAGCGGAGCAAAGCACAAUAUUUUAAAUACAGCGGCCCUGCUCCAUCUUUUACUGAUAUUUACUGGAUUUUUGUUGUUGUCGUUAACAGAUUUAAUACGUUGGGUGUGAAGUGACCAUUACCAACUAUUUAAAAUACCAGAAAAAAUUUUUGUAGGCAUAAAAGUGAAAUUCCCUUUCUUGGAAUGUGUGGGAAUUAAAUUCACUUUGCUUCGCAUCUGGAGCUAGACAGGCAAAGACGGGAUAGCUGCUUCAUUCUUUCUCAGUAGCGUCAGUGUGGUCCAGGCUGUUAUUCUCAGAAAAGUGACUUGGUCAAGUACAGACUGCCGAGGAGGCGGUGUCCUUCUAUGUCUUCUGCUUUGCAAAGGGACCUUUUCUCCCUGUCGGCAGAAACCUGAAUGUUUUUUCGUUCUUGCUUUGAAUUCUGGGUGCUGAAAGGAAGUAAACGAAACCAUCGGGUUGAAGCUUUGAGAGAAGCUGCCAGUGCUGUUGAGCAAGAGAAAGAAAUCCUUCUGGAAAUGAUCCACAGUAUCCAAAAUAGCCAGGACAUGAGGCAGAUCAGUGACGGUGA